GCCAUGCAAAACGAACACGCCCAUUGGUGAGCCGUCACAGCUAACCUAGCUAGAGACAAUUUUCACCAGUGGAGGUUAGUAAAAUUUACCAGAUUGGCCACUCGAGCCUAGAUAGACGUUGGUCUUUGCAAAACCGUCCACUGUUUGGAGGCGAACAAAAAGUAAGAUAGCUAACUAGAGGCAGCUAUCGAAAGGCUAGCUAGCCUCCUUGAUAUGUUGUUGUUACUGGGGAAAUGAAAGGGCUCCUCUCUCUUCACUUGCGAGAAAUAUGGAUCCAUUGUCAACAUUGCAAGUCAACAAUAUGAUAGCUAGCUUUCCAAGGUUGUAGGUUAUAGGAUAGGUAGCUAGCUAGCUCAUCAUGACUCGCUCUUCAUAACGCGCCCGGAGAGAAUACAGUCAGUGUGACAACAACGGAGGCUAACGUUAGCAAACUAGCAAACGUUACCUGGCUACAACGGGAAAAGUCCAGCAUCUAUGACCUAUACCACUCAGCUGGAGAGAUGUACCCCCCACCCAGAAAGGACUUCAUCGCGCUAACCCUCAGUGACCAACACAGCCGCAGCUACAACAACGGAAAGCACCGCCGCCAGUCCUGCUGGAGGAAGUGGAAGCAGCUGUCUCGGCUGCAGCGCAGUCUCAUCCUCUUCCUGCUGGCUCUGCUGCUGAUAUGUGGAUUGCUCUCCUACCCCAGCUUCUCGGAGCAAUGGAGAGGCAUGUCAGACAGGGCGGUAAGGGAGGACUGGGAUGAAGACUGGGAAAGAGGCCUGAAACCCAUCCCUCCAGGGGUAAACCCUGUGGCUGGCCCAGCUGUAGGUCCGGCUGUGGGCCUGGCCGGUGGAGCGGUCGGCCCAGAGUUGGGUCCAGCUGUGGGUCCAGGACUCAUACCAGAGGUCAUUCCAGAACCCCAGAGACCAAAGGUCAUACCCAAACCCCCAGCCAAGAAGAGACCAUUCCCCAACAAGAGAGGACCUCCAAGCCUGCAGAAGGAGGGGAACGUAUCAGAUUCACUGGUAAAACCAGCUGAGAAAGAGCCAGUGGAGAAAGAGCCAGUGGAGAAAGCUGAAGAGGAGGAGGGAGAGAAGCCUCUUGUCAGCUGGCGAGGAGCCAUGAUCGAGGCGGACGAGGCUACAGAACCCCCACCCUCUGCCCAUGAGAAGGAUGGCGCUGUGCCUCCUGUGCCAGUCAACCCUGAGGACACAGCCCCACUGGCACCAGUUUCAGUGAAGCCUGUGGACAGGCUUGAGACAGUGCGAGAGGCCUUUAGGCAUGCGUGGAAGGGCUAUAAGGAGUUUGCCUGGGGUCAUGAUGAGCUCAAGCCUGUGUCUAAGUCCUACGGGGAGUGGUUUGGCCUGGGCCUGACUCUCAUUGACGCUCUGGACACCAUGUGGAUCUUGGGACUGAAAGAAGAGUUUGAGGAGGCGAGGAAGUGGGUGGAGACUGAGUUGUCAUUCUCUAAGAAUGUGGACGUGAACCUGUUUGAGAGCACCAUCCGGAUCCUGGGAGGCCUGCUAAGCACCUACCACCUGACUGGCGAUGAGAUGUUCCUUGAGAAGGCUAAAGACAUUGGCUUGAGGUUGAUGCCUGCGUUCAAAACCCCCUCCAAGAUCCCCUUCUCUGAUGUGAACAUUGGGAAGGGCACAGCCCACCCCCCUCGCUGGACGUCCGACAGCACUCUGGCCGAGGUCACCAGUGUCCAGCUGGAGUUCAGAGAGCUCAGCCGCCUCACCCAGGACCCGCAGUACCAGGAGGUGGUGAAUGAGGUGAUGAGGCUGGUCCAUAAGCUGCCAGGGAAGCAUGACGGCCUGGUGCCCAUGUUCAUCAACACCAACAGUGGCCAGUUCACCCACAAAGGAGUGUUCACCCUGGGGGCCCGGGCUGACAGCUACUAUGAGUACCUUCUCAAACAGUGGAUCCAGGGAGGCAAGACGGAACCAGAUCUGUUGGAGGACUACCUGGAGGCAAUAGAAGGGGUCAAGAAGCACCUGCUGAGAACCACAGGCCCCAGAAAGCUGACCUUCGUAGGGGAGCUCAACCACAAUCGCUUCAACCCCAAGAUGGACCACCUGGUGUGUUUCCUGCCUGGCACUCUGGCGCUGGGUGCCCACAAUGGGCUGCCGGAGGAUCACAUGGAGCUGGCCCUGCAGCUGAUGGAGACGUGCCACCAGAUGUACGUCCAGAUGGAGACGGGCCUGAGCCCCGAGAUCGCCCACUUCAACCUGCAGCCCUACGACGGGCGAGACGUCAACGUCAAGCCUGCAGACAGACACAACCUCCUGAGACCGGAGACAGUGGAGAGUCUGUUCUACCUGUACAGGUUCACUAAGGACACCAAAUACAGAGACUGGGGCUGGGACAUUCUAGAGAGCUUCAACAAAUAUACCAGGGUGCCAAGUGGAGGCUACACCUCCAUCAGUAACGUGCGCGACCCCGUGAACCCGGGUCCUAGGGACAAGAUGGAGAGCUUCUUCCUGGGGGAGACACUCAAGUACUUCUACCUGCUGUUUUCAGACGACCUGGAGCUGCUCAGCCUGGACAAGUACGUGUUCAACACAGAGGCCCACCCACUACCCAUCUGGAAAUCGCCUCCUGUCUGAGACAGGAAGUGACGUCAUAGAGAAGUAUCCUACCACCGAGAUCCUGGGGUUUGAACUUCCUAGCUGCCUUCUCAAGGGGUCCAGCUUGACUCUCUGUGCACAGUAGAAGACAAACUCGUCAAUGGGUUUUCAAGUGGAGGGGAUUUCCUUGGAUGGGGGGGUGCUAUAGAGCUGGUCUCUGUUGUACAAAGCUUUUGUAGUUUGGAGUAGACACUCUUGAGAAUCUUGACGGCUUGCUGUUCAGUUUAAAAGAAACAAGAAGACCGAAGGUCUACAAAAUCAACUCAACAUUUUCAAGGUUUAUUGCAAGGUGGGAGGACUGGUAGCGAAACUAGACUGAGACUCCCCCAGGUGCCAGUUUGAUUAUUUUCUAACACUAGACAGUAAUAUUAUCCUCUCCCUUCCCCUCCCUGACCGGCUGAUGAAGAAUAUGUAAUAAGGUGGAAGUACCAGAAGAUGGUUAUGCUUUCCCAUUGAUUUGUCCUAUACAUUUAUGUUAGAGCAUUGUUUACCUUGAAGGGAAUACUGAAUACAUGGGUUGCAUUGUUGAGAGCCUUUUAAUGGUAGGGGAAAGACUCCUACCCCAUAGGUCUUUCAGGAGUUCCUCUCCUUGAUAGCCAUUACCACAGAAAUAGAAUGAGUAGAAUGGGCGUCGCCAUUCAUGUCAAUUAAUCCAUAAUGGGUGGACUGGUGGCCAUUUUGUGUAUUCAUUCUAUUUCUAUGGGCAUUACAUCACUAGUUACUACUGUCACUGUGGAGGACCAGUUGAAGUAGCCUAUAGUACCGCAACUGUGAAGCUCCUAUGAUGAAGAAUGCUUUGCACUUUCAUGUCAAAAAGGAAGGAUUUGUCUUUUGUAUAUUUAAGUGAUGUGGGAGUAGAUUUGAGUAGUGACGCAUGCAGGUGAUUCUGCGUGCUUUAGCUGAAUGGAUAAAAAACAACACUGAUGGCCUAUGAAUGAAAUGCCAUUAAUCAUUGUUGCACAUGGGACCACAGCGUACAAUGACAGUUAUUUAUUUAUUUAUUUAUGGUGAAUGUGUCCUUUUUUUUGUUUUGUGUUUUUCAUUAUCACUUAUAAGAAGUCUAACCCUCCUGUUUCAUGGGAUUAUAUGAAGGGUAAUUGAUAAUGUAAUCCAGGUAAUGAAGUAAUGGUACGUUUGGAUACUUUAAAAUGUGAUUUCUCAGAUGCAGACAAGUUGUGUAAAUAACUCAAAAUUGCUGUGUGAUGAAUUUCAUGAAUAUUUCAUUUGGGGCAAUGUGUAUGUGUAUCCGUCUCAUCAUGAGGGAGUUAAGGUUUAUGCAAUCGACUAGUAGGCAAGUCUUUCGUGACUGAACUGCGAGAUUUGGGUUCUGUUUUCUGAGAUGAAUCGAUUUCUACAGCCUAAUUAAAGUGCUUCCACUGAGAAUUCUUAUGUUUCGAUGUUUGGGUUCUGGGUAGAAUAUUUUUGUUGUUGCUUGAAUUAAAUCUGUUACACUCCCA